UUGUUUUGUACAGAAGAAUGGCUGCCAUCUUUAGUUUUCGAUGGAUGUUUUCCGAAGAGAUCGCGAAUUCUUGUAUUUAUUGCGGUAUUUAAUAACGUAAUAAAAUUUAGGACAGUGAAAUAACGUUGUUCGCGAUGUAAAGAGUGUUUUCUCCUUGAUUAUUUAAGCUGCCCUGGUGUUAGUUCCAUUAAAAAAUGCUUGUGUUUACAUCCAAGUUUCAAGUGAGCUUCUGUAUUCCUGUCAUAUUAAGAUAUACACACGCGUUUUAAGGAACGUUGAGGGACGGUAGACACGUUUUCCUCGGAUAAGAAACAGAGAAAUCGAAUAACGAAUCGAUACGAGCAACGUAGUAGUAACGCCUAUGGUCAACAAUCCUCAAAUAGCAGAAUCGAAAAGUACAUUGCACCGUAAGGUCGUUGAAAAGAGAUAGCCCUCCGAUCUGCAUUCCUUCCAGUUUUCGUUGAACGUCAUCGAAAGGCCUUCAAAACGUCGACCCCAUCGGUGAUCAAGUUAUCCGGGGGUGGCACAAGUGGGAGUGGGGAGCAACUAUCCCCAGAACACGGGCCACAUCCCCCGGUAUCUCCGACGAGUGAACAACGUAACGAAUUCAAUGAAAAUGAUGAUAAUAGAAAGAAAGACGUCGAUGCCUUUGAGCGGGGUACAGAAGCCACCAUGAGUUUUGUUUUACAAUUGGGUACGGUUGAAACGUCAGCCGAGAAAACUAAAAACGGCAGCGCUUCGUCGUCGAUGCUAAUCGGUGCUCAAGAACUGACCGCACCAUUAACGAUCGGCGUUACCACGGCCAAUACCUUAGUCGCGAUGAGCGACGACAAUAGCGAUAGUAACAAUCCCCAAGUACUCCAGUGUCUCGAAGUGACGAACGUACCCGAGAUAGCAGUAAGCCAUUCCAUAUCGCUCUCCAAUGUAAAAUCAGUCAGCGUUUCUUAUCCGGUUACGAAAUCUAGUAAAGAAAUAGCGCAGAGGAUUACGAGUUCUCAAACGAAUACCACGCAAGUUUUGACAACUCGCGUGAUAUCUCAAAAAUUGCCGAGCGCCGCUUAUCAAACGCAGCCCUUAACGUUAAAUGCUUCCUCAAACGUCACUCAUUUACCAGUUAACUCGCAAUCUUUACCCUCGCCAAGCAGUAGUGUCGCACAUGUCUAUCCUUUGCAGGCAGCUACAUGUUCCCAGAACAGCCAACAAGCUAAAACUCAAAGCUCCGUAACCGAUGCGAUUUCGAAGAAACACCAACAAGCGACGACGGUUGCGAGUUUGCAGGCGACGAGCAUGCAUACAAAAUUUCAGCAGAUCUCGCCCCAACAAAUUCUUAAUACUGCCACCGUAAAAACGAUUACCACGGCUACGAACAUCCCCAAUAUACAAAGGAUACAGGUGAAGACGCAAAGUAUCAGUGGGCAGCCCCAAACGGUCAACUUGCAGAAGGUCAAAGCGGUAGCGAACCUCAGUAAUCCUACUGUGGUGCAGCGUAAUUCGGUAUCGAGGAUACAAACCAUUCAAAAGUCACAAAUACUUACCUCUGCGACACAAGGGACGCAAUUUACGGUUAACCAAAUCGUUAACAAUGCGAACGUGCAACGGAUUCAGACUGGCGUUUCAACGGCAUCCCAAAAAGCCCAAUCCGUUAAUUCCACGAAUUCCCAAAAAAUGUCGCAGGUGUAUAACAACCAAAAGACAGGGCAGCAAUUGGUAACUAACCAUCCGAAUCACAAAGCACAGCAUCAACAAUAUCAGAAUAAUCAGCAGGUACAGCCAACAUUACAAAAGGUGCAGGGACAGCAACAAAAGUCAUUGCCUGUUCAGAGGCAACAGAAUAAUGUUCAAAAGUCUAACAAUUCCGUAGGUGGCAUACAGAAGGCACAAAUUAUUGGCCAGGUGCAAAGUCAACAACAGUCGCCACAGUUGCAGAAACAAGUACAACAAUCUCAACCGUCGCAACAUCAAAGAUCGCAAUCCGCUAUUGCGUUGCACAAAUCACAAACUUUGACGGCUAUCGCUUCGAAUCGGGUGCAGACCAUAGCGAACGUAUGUAAGAGUAAUAGCGUACCUAAUAUCUCGAAAGUCCAACACAAUUCGAACGCUCUUAUCGUGAGUAAACAGCAGGGGGUAUCGCAAUCGCAACAAACCCAUGUACAAACGUCGCAACCGCAAUUGUUACAAACGUCUCAGCAACAAGUUGCACAAAAACAUCAAACGGUUAAUUCAGCAGCGCAUGCUCAAAGAAAUCAUAACAUUACAAAUAUACAUCAGAAGGUUUCUGCUAUAGCCACGAUACCGAGUAAUCAAAAAACUCAAACUAUAGUAAGUUCAAAGAUACAGCAGCAGCAGCAGCAGCAGCAACAGCAGCAGCAGCAACAGCAGCAACAAAUGGUUAUGAGAGUAGGUGUGUCAAAAAAUCAAGCGCAGAACUUGCAGCAAGGAAAUUUAAAAGCUAUUCCACAAAAGAUCACAAAUACCAUAAAGUCUGCUAAUUCUCAAAAUUCUAUUCAACAAUCCUUACACAGAAAUAAUAAUUCUCAACCGGUUAAGAUCAUACAACAGCAACAAAACGUAAUUGGCCCGCAGAAUGCACAGAAACAACCUGGUUGUAUUAAGACUAUUCCACCUCAAAAGCCAGCUCAAAGAAAUCAUGCACAGAAAGUAUCGGGAGUGAAAACAUCGUUAAACACGAAUGUUGCUACGAUGAAAAAUCAAGGAUUGAUGACAUCGGUAUCACCGAAAACGAGCAUAAAAACGUUGCUUCCCCAACAGACGGUUAUGCCAAAUAUGUUAGUGCAUAAAAAUUCUCCUAUUAAAGUUCAACAACAAGCUAUACAGCAAAAGCAGCUUAUCAUGGCGUCGCAAUAUUCGCAGCAAGGUAGAACGCAAACGGGGCAAAUAAAAAGUCUUCUCUCUACCACGAAUGCAGACGUGCAUAAAGAUUUAGAGAACAAAAUGGAGUCCGAUUCGCGUGUUUCUAAGGAAGAAGAAUUGCAACAAACACCGCCAAAAUCCCCGGUGAGAAGGAUGCCGUUGCCUUACGAGUGUCUCCAGUUCGUUCUUCAAGACCAUAACUACGGUGCACCGCCACCGCGAACACCGCCACCUCCUUCGCCACCUCCUCAUCCUAAACAACAGCCCAUUAACGGAGCUGGAAGUUCUACCACAACUUCUCAACAUUCAUAUAUAUACGGACAAGUUGUAAAUAAUAGCGGUAAUGUGGAGGAUGAUGCAGCCAGUGCGAUCAGUAGUGAACCUGGACGUGAAGUAGAGCCCGAAGGUGAAGAAACGGAAACUGCUCCUGAAGGUGAAGGUGAUGACGAGGAUAGUGUUACUAGAUGUAUAUGUGAUUUUGAACACGACGAUGGUUACAUGAUCUGCUGCGAUCGUUGUCUAGUUUGGCAGCACGUGGAUUGUAUGGGUAUAGAUCGUUCUAACAUUCCUGACGAAUAUCUUUGCGAAAUUUGUCGGCCACGACGUGUUGACAGACAAAGGGCACGUGCUUUGCAAAUGCGCAAACGCGAAGAGCUACUCAAUUCGGAUAGUUCUUCCGACACGUCGUCUACGAGUUCGGUAGACACUGAUAUCGGUGUUAAUGCAACGCAAAAGAAGCGAACGUUGCAUCAACAAGUUCCAAGACGAAAAUCAGAUCCUCCACCGCAAGUAAGAAGACUGAAUAACAACAACAAUAACAAUAAUAACAAUGUGGCGAAAAGACAACGGAGAGACUCUAAUCCAAGACAGUCGAGUGCGGUAAGAAAGAAAGAGGCUGCCAAACGAGGUCCUGGAAAGCGUAAAGCUAAACGAAGAAUGAGCGUGGAUGAAAAGGAAGAAGAAGUUCAAGAUGCAUGGGGUUCUAAUAUGACUCCGCUUAGACAAUGGAUUGAAAGAUACGAGGAAGCAGUAACCAAUCACUAUAGUCCUGAAUUAAGAGCUAGAAUAUCGAGCAUAAAGGUCAAUGGUACUCAUAGUGAUUUGAGACAAAGUAAUAUGAGUGUUAUCGCCACUGGUAAAUGCAGACUCAAUGUGCAUAGCAAUAACUUGAGAUUUUUGGUGGCAACUAUGUAUCUACCGUCAAAUACUCCGGUUGUUGAAUUACGUGGAAAAUAUAUGCUCAGUACGCAACAUAGACCGUCGCAUCCUCAGGGUAGACAGCAUGCUCAAAGACCAGGGCCUUUUGUAUUCUUUUAUCGAUUACCACGAGAUGGUACCGAAGUAUGCGUAGACACUAGAACAUAUGGAAACGAUGCCAGAUUCGUACGGCGUAGCUGUAAACCUAACGCAGAAAUAAAACACUGUAUAGAAAAAGGAACAUUGCAUUUGUAUAUUGUCACGAGUAUGGCAAUCGAAAAGAAUGCUGAGAUAACUAUUAGGCAUGAGACACACGAUUUGUUAUUGUCGCCUAAUCCUAAUUCCCCAGUGAUACCGGUGACUUGUGCAUGUAACAAUGCAAGAGAAUGCCAGUUUACAGCUACAAAUCAAUUAAAUAGAAGAGGUAGUAACGGAGCUCUUGUAGAAAAUGCUGACGGCCGAGAAAGGAGGCGACGAGGUAGACGAAACACAGUUUGUGAAGAUAUCGAUUCAGUGUCCACAGUUUCCAGUACAAAUGUAACACCAUCGACGCAAGUGCCAACGGCAGUACCCGUAACAGCACCGCCUAGAAAAACUAUAGCGACUAGUAGCACGACCGUAGCACGUCAGCUACCAAAAGAAGAAACUACGAUAACGACGCAACAACAACAGCAGCAGCAGCAGCAGCAGCAGCAGCAACAGCAGCAGCAGCAGCAGCAGCAGCAGCAACAACAGCAGCAGCAACAACAGCAACAACCGCAAACAUCUCCUGCUUUGCCGCAGCCUACCGUGCAAGAGAUCAAAAAGGAUAAAAAGAAAAUGACAAGAGAGGAAAGAAAAAUGGAGGCUAUUAUGAAAGCUUUCGAGAGACUCGAGAAAGCGGAGCAAAGAAAGCAGGAAGUUCAAGCUAGAAAUGCACAAAGAAAGGAGUCGGGUGGUACGCAUAGCGACAACGAGGACAGUCAUAAUUCCGCGAUUUUACAAUCCAAGACCAAACAGCAAAAUUCCGAAAGAACGUUACGACGGAAGAGAAGGAAGGGUCGUGCCAGAACUACGUCGCAAUCGCAAAGCAGUAGGAGGUCAAGGUUAAAUUCUGCGGAUUCCGAUGUAUCGUCGGGCGACGAGAGUAAUUCUAUGCAGUCUCCUCCGCUUGUUAAUCAAAAUCGUUCAGCGAGCGGAGAUGCUCCGUACUCGGCACACUUACAUACGCCAGCAAAAAAUGAGAGCGAUGGCCCUACUACUGGUACGUCAGGACAUCAGGGGAUACCAACGGCAGCCGGCUUGUUGUUAGCGUUAGCUAAUUCGAAUACACCUGGCCCAAGCUCUCCGCCUUUACAGCAACCAACACCCGUUAAAAGUCCUACGUGUGAUAGCGGUGCCAGCAGCAGUUCUCAAAGUUCAACUCCGUCCACACCGCUAUCUUCGGCAUGCUUGCUUGUUGCAGCAGCGGUUGGACCCUUGGCUCCUGGUUUUAAAUUCCCCAAAACUAAGAAAGUUCUGAUGAACGAAUGGCUGAAGGAGUCGCCAGACCCGCCUCAAACUAAUAUACCUCAAGUGUCACCGUUGCCUGCUUUGUCAUCCACAUCUUUACAAAACUCUGUCAAUCCUCUCUGUAGGUCAUCAGAGUUUUCGUUGCCCAACGAUCCGUCUGCAGAGUUUUUAACUCAAAGUUACGCGGCCAAAAGUCUAGCCACGCUCGUCCAAGCUGCUAAUUCCGUUUCCGGUAUAUGCGAUUCUCCGCCACAACGAAAACAAGCGAUCACGGGAAACAAUGCUUGUCCUGUUUCAACUGGAUCGGCGAAAAAGAGAUGGUUAAGGCAAGCGAUAUCCGAGGAAUGUGAUUCGCCGAACAGUCGGCCCGACAGUCCUCCGCCUAGCGAAAUGGUGGCACCACCUAAAAAAAGAAGAAUAGCUAGGGAAAGUUUAUCUUCUGACAAUUAUACGCCACCCACGACACCAACGAUGCUGCUUCCCGAAGUUACUUCGACUAACAGAUCUUUGUGUAAUAACGAAGAUGACUUUAUCGAACACCCUCAAUCGCCAACGACGGAACAUAAUGACGAGCAACACGAUGAGUCCGAAUCUGUACGAGAAACGAGUGUACAAAACGAUUUAGAAACUUCAGAAAAAACAUGUAAUCACGCCAAACUUUCAAUCGAUAUUCCUCAUUCGGAAAUAAACAUAAAAUGUGAGAAAAACGACGAAUUUACAGAGUUUGUUAAAAUAGAAGAAACGGCGUUGCCAAAACAGGAAAUGGUUUCGAUAAAGGAAGAAUCUGCCGUAAGUAGCGAGGACUCUAAAACGGAUUCUAAGGUUGAAUUUAAUUCAUCUUCGGAAUUUAUUAAAAAUGAAAAAAAGAUUAGCAAACGCGAGGCGCACGAUCUCCAAGUGAACAAUACACAAAUAAAAAAAGAAGAUGCCAUCAAAGAGGAAAUCAUUGAAAAGGGAACCGUGGAAAUAAUCGAUCAAAACGAACCGGACACCGAAAUGGAAGAUUUUAGUUCCCCCGUUGCUGCUAUGGAAUCCGAUGCUAUUCUAAAGCAGCGCGUGGCUGAGAUGAGAUUAGAAUUUGGUGGAAGUAUAGCAGAGAUCGUUAAUGUUUCCAGUGAACACGAAAAAUCUGACGAGGAUAAACAGAUAGAAAAUAAUAAAGAUUCGGAAAUAAGAUCCGAGGAUAACAUGUCGAUCGACGAAUUCGACGUAGAAGCACAAAUGAAGAGAAUAACAGGAGACGAUGGCAAUGAUUACAAAGAAAAAGUUGACACCAGCUCGGAGAAAGAUAAAAGUAUGGAUGGCAUAGAAGGACUUAUGGAAAGCUCGAAGGAAGAUUCCGAAUCAGAAGAUAGAGACAUAGACGAUACUAAAUAUAGCGAAUCUUCUUUUAAAUUGUUCGGUAUAUCUAACGAGGAGAAUUUUAAAGAAUUCGAAAGAAAGUCCGAAUUAACAAACCUUAGCGAGGAUGAAGUUAAAGCCAUUGAGAAACCUAUUAAUAAUGAAUCUCAAAAAAUAGAUCAAACGUCUUCUUUUGUUAUUUCAUCGGAAGAAUCUAUUUUUGAGUCGACUUCCUCCAAUAUGGAUGCAGAAUCUGUUCUCGAUCCUCCAAAAAUUUUUCACUCGAUACCACCGUUGAGUGAACGAAUUAGAAAAAAAAUUGAUCCAUCUAGUACUACUAAAACGCAAUUAAAUUUUGAAGCAGCUAUUAUUGAAUCUACUAUCGAUAUGGAAGCAGAAGAAGUUUGUAAAAAUGGAGAAGAGAAAUCGAUGUUAUCGACGGCUUUACGAGAAUUGUUGGAAGCAAAACUCGAGGAAGAAUCACCCGAGGAGUCCAAAACAAAAGCCAAUAAUGAAGACGCCACGUCCUACAAAGAAAUAAUAUCGCUCUCGCCUGAAAAUACAGGGGAGGCUAAAGACCCAAUCACUAAAUCCAAUAACCAAGAAACUCAUUUGGAUGACGUUUCUAUGAAACAAAAUGACAUUCAGCCUAAAGAAAUUAAAAGAUUAAAAGAUCCUAGAACAGUUGUACCAAAUAAUAUGCCAGCACCUUCUACCUAUACGUCGGACAUUCUUCCACCAGUCAAGCGCAAGGUUAGAACGCUAUCGAUAUCAGAAUAUCGUAAACGCAAGCAACAAUCGGUUGGUACACCUCCAGAACCAGAGCCAUCUAAUGAUGUAUCUACGACAGAAAAGGAUAAAGCAAGAGGUAGAUCAGAUAGUGCAAGCAGUGGGACUUCCUCUCUAAGUUCUGACGAAGAAGGUUCUAAAAUGUCACUUUCCCUUGAUUUACCAGGGAUUACUGCAUUACCACUUUUCACUAAUGCUGAAAAUGAUGAAAAGAAAGGUAGUGAAGAAGGUACCAUUGGUUGGUCCGCGGCACCAACAUUAGUUGAACGUCAAAGAGAAAAUUUAACUGAAAGAUUGAAGCGCGAAUUUGGCUUAUUUCUCAGUGACGACGAAGAGGAAAGAGCUCGCAAACAUGGUUUGACUGCAGAAGCAAUUUUAAAAGCUCGUAAGACGUCACCACCACAUUCUUCUAUCCCCACUACAUCCCCUACUUAUCCUUUACCACAGUUACCACCUCAACCAUAUAUACCACCGCCUGGCUCUGCAGCUAUACAUUAUCCUCAAUACCAGGCUAAUAAAUCCUGUCCUGUUCAGUAUUCCAAUUUCAGUGCACCACAAACGACAUCACAAACGGUAUAUCCAAAUAUAGCCGCUCAAGGAACCGUCAACAAACAGGUACAAUUUUUAGUACCUCAAGCAGCAUCUCAAGCGCCACCAGGUUCAAAUCCAUAUCCUCCGCAAUUUAUUCCAUCGACUACGACGACAGUGCCAAUUUCCAAAUUUUCUUCUGCAACGUCAACGUCUGGAACUCCUCAAGUAUUUUCAACUUCAGGUCAGACGCAGAAGCCUUUUUUUAACCAUCCUGCACCAAGGUCGUAACCGGUAUUAAUAGUAGUACUUUUCCAAAUUUUUAGUUAAAGUACAAUGAUAAAUAAUUAUCAGCCAUUCUCGCUCUCUCUCUCUCUCUCUCGAUAUAUGGCGAACAGUGAUGUAUGUAUGACAAAUUUUCAGCUAUUACAAGGUAAUAUAAACAUCACAAUUGGAAUAUACUCUUAAAAGUCACAAUUUCUUCUGAUAAUUUAUUUUAUAUGAUUUGUAUUUGUGAGUGUGUGUACAUACAUACAUAUAUAUAUAUACACAUAUACAUAUACAUAUAUAUAUAUAUAUGUACACGCAUAUUUAUUAGCAUAAUUCAUUAUACAAAUCACACUGUAUUAUACGUAGAAAUUGAAGGAAAGGAAAAAAAACACAUAUGUAGGAUGUGUGAACAUCUGAAGUUAAGAAAUAUGAGACUUGUUAAUGUAGGUACUACUAUACGCUUCUAGAAUUUUCAUGCGCAGAAAUAUACUGAGACGUAAUUCGAUGGUUUUCAAAAUAUUCAACAGGUUUCUGUGGCCUAUGGCAAUAGUUAAGUAUUUUGGAGACAUAGUCAUAUGCAUUUUAGGUAGUAUACGUUGAAACCUGUUGAUACAAAUAUAUUAGCAUCUCUUACAGGUAAUAGAAAAAAAAGUGUAUUCCAAUGUAUGCACUUUUUAUACCACUAAAAUGGUGCCGUAAAGUGUUUAUACAUAGCAUUAAUCCAAUUUUGAUAAUAUUAACAAAGUUGGAAUCUUUUAAACGGAUGAUCAAUCAGAAAAAUAUUGAUCUGAAUCUUUAAGAACAGUUAUCAUCGUCAUAUAUAUAACGUGCACCUAUGAAUCUGCAUUAUUCAAUUUAUCUGUAUAUAUUACUUGCAUAUAUGCAUAAUAUUAUAAUAAUAUGAAUCUUUAUUUAAUCGUAAUUGUUAGAUUAACGCAUAGACUUCUAUAACAUGUAAUUAAGACAUUGUGCUGUGUUGUGCUGUUUCAAAAAACAGUACUCUCUGUGUCCAGAAUUCUCUAUAUUUUAUAUUUCAUUGUAAAAUUCCGGAUAAUUAGUUGUAAUAAAUAUGUUGAAAUUUAAUUUCGAGAGAGUUCAUUUGUAUAAUUGAAAAUUAUAUGCGAUAUAAUACAUAUAUAUACAUAUACGUAUGUGUAUAUACAUAUAUAUAUACAUAUAUAUAUAUAUAUAUAUAUAUAUAUAUAUAUAUAUAUAUAUAUGUAUGUAUGUAUGUAUGUAUGAAUGUAUGUAUGUAUAUUAGUUUGGACGUUUUUUACCACAUUUGCUUUAUUUAGGCAUAAAUGUCUUCAAAUUUUGCUAUAGCUUUUACAUUUUAUGGGAAAUAUCAGUUUUAAAAGGCCUUAAAAAAAAAAAAAAUAAUUGUUAAUAUUAUAGAAAAGGACAAGGCCUUAGAGACUAAGUAUUUCUGAAUUUCUAUAUUCCAAACAUGACAUAAUUGUUUUAUAUGUUUAGAAGUCUAAAGAAACACGUUUGUCUUUAUGGCAUGAUGUUUUAUACAAAAGUUCUAAGUCCUUGUUAUAUAUCGGUUGUUUUUUUCACAAUAAUAUAUAGAUAUAUCAUACCUAAAUAAAAGGUGCUUACAUAUUUUAAUUUCUACAGCAAAUAAAUGAACACAAGUUUAGUUGUAUUUCAAUUAGAAAAAUUGACAAAAAUUUGUAGAAAAAAAAAAAAACGUUAUUAAAUUUUGGGAUAAUUAAAUCCUAAAAUUUAAUGUUCAUAUAAGUACAAAGCUGAGAAUAAGCAGGGGAAAUUUUCUGAUGAAACAUUUAAUAAUGAAUUACAGUAAUUAAGAUUGAGACUUGUAGGCUAUUCUAUGAAGAAAAUUGUUGUACACUUUUUGUUUAGCGUUUAUAGGGCUUUUUGGAGAUGAAGUAUCGUUUAAUGUAAACUAUUUUAUUUUUGCUGUAACUGUUUAAUACGUUUUCAAUAGAAUUGUAUAACUAAGUUGUGCAAUUCUACGUGUUUAGAAACCUAUACAAAAGUGGAUACUUAGUGGAUCAAAUAAAUAUGUAAUUUAAUAGCUCCUAACACAAAUAAUUUUAUUUAGAAAUGUAAAUUAUGUAUUGAAUAUUAUCAAUAUAUCUAUCUAGUGUACACAUCAAUGUAAUUAAAUAAGUGUACAAAGCUUCAUAUAAAUUUGGCACAUUGGUAAUUGUGUAUAUAUAACUGUAUUACUAGUUAUUAUAUUUAAACGUAUAUCAAAUCAUUCUGUUUUUAAAAUUUCAUUUCUCUCUCUAAUAAAUUAACUAAUAUUCAUUAUGAAUUUUAAUUUAACAUUUUUAAUUUUGAUUAGAGUAAAAGAGUUUUGUUUAAAGACACAACGAAAAAUUAAUUAUUCACAUAUGUAACAAUAUUAAUAUGUGCUUAUCAAAACAUGGAACACCUCAAGCCAUAGAUGCGAAUAAGCGAGCUAAGUGAUGUACUAAUUAUAUACUGCGUACCAGUGAAUAUUUUCGUAAACUUAAAUACUUUUACGUUUCCUUUCCAGUUGAACAUAAUUUCUCAAAUUGUUGCAAUGUGUGGGUAGAUUAUUAAUGAAAGUUACAGACACAUGUUUUACCAAAUGUGAUUAAACAGAAAUACUACAACUCUAAUCUUCUUCAUAUUAUUAUUAUCAUGAUCUUUUAUUUAGUAUUUUGGAAAAAUCUAACUUAGAGUCAAAAAAAGAAAAAGAAAAUUGUCAAAAAAAAAAUAAGGAACAAUUGUAAGAAUUCAUACGCAUAUAGAAACUUAUAAUAUACUUCUUGAAGAAUUUUUUACCAUCAGAUUUUAAGCAAAUAUCAAAGUUUGGAGAUCUGUGAUUAGCAAAUAAGGCAUAAAAAUUGAGUUUAAAUAUUUGUGUACUAUCUAUGAAAGUACUUUGUCGAAUUUCUGAGUGCAUAUGGAUCUUUCAUCUUUACAAAAAUGUUCCCUGUUUACAUUAUGUUUGGCUGCAAUUUAAGAGUCUAAACAAACAUAUUUUUGGCAUUUGGUAUUCCUUUAUACUUUAGCCAAUAUUUUGUAAUAAAACUAGUACUAUAAGCUGCAAAUAUCACAGGUGGUGUACAUAUAUACAAAUGCGUGUACAUCUAUACAUAUAUACAUAUAUAUAUAAGUGUACAGUUUAUGUUCUCCACCUGAGUAUAUAUGAAGGAAAAAAAAAACAUGUACAUACUUUUGUAAGAUAAAUUUAAGUAUCGAUGUUCCACUUAAAAUCUUGUACCUUCUUUAAGCUCCGAAAGAAAAAAAAAAUUUAUGAUUGGUGUAUACAAUCGCUUUGAAACUAUUCAAUCUGUUAUUUACUGUACGAUUUUCUGAUAUAGCCUUGCUAUAUAUAUAUAUCUGUAUAGCGAUAGAAAAGAAGUAGAAAGCGAUUUAAAAAAAUUUGUUAUUAAGUACAUUUUCAAAUAGAAUAGCUCGUUAGAAUAAUCGUUUCAAUGUUGUAAAUAAAAGAAAUCACACGGCAAUUAUUAUAUAUUAGCAUAUAUAUAUGUGUGUGUGUAUGUAUCUAUGUAUGUAUAUAUAUAUAUAUAAAUGUAUAUAUGUACACAUAUGUAGACACAUAUAUACACACAUAUAUAUACAUACAUAUAUAUAUAUAUAUAUAUACACACACACACACAGUCUUAUAAUAAUUUCAGAACACAUAAUUUUUUUAUUUGCGAUUCAUUGUUACUUGUAUGUGCCUAGUUAUAGCCAUGUUACAUUACAUACAUACGUUGUAUGAUAAUUUAAUCAGUACUAUCAAUUAAUAAAUGUAACAAGUUCUUGGAUAUCAAAUUCGAUAUGAUAUAUAUAUAUAUAUAUGUAUAUAAAGACAAACACACAUAUAUAUAUAUACAUAUUAUGGCAUAACAUGUAAAGAGCUCAUAUUUAGGCAUACAUGAAAUUUAAUAAAUCGAAAUACAUUUUACGAAUUAA